AGUUUUGACUAUACAUAAGUCAUCUUUUUUGUGGAAAUAAAUGUUAUUCAGCAGCUUCAUGUGGAGAACAGCGUGCCUGUUUCCAAAAUUGGACAAGAUACUUUUGUUAGCACAUAGGAGAAUUCUUGGAGCUAACACACAUGAGAUUGAGAAAUGCUGCUAUAAACUGCCUUUAACAAACCGGCAGGUAUUUAUACUUGAACCAAACUUUAAAAAAAUUGUUUUGUAUUAUUCCAAGCAUGGAAUUCAAACAAAUUCUAAUAGUACUAACGACAAUGGGGAAAAGCCACCACAUGAAAAAUUCAAGCGAAUCCUUUGGCUCACCAGUGCAGCAAUAUUCAUCUCUGGUAUUAUAGCCUUCAAUGGUUCAAAUUCACCAAAUCCCCGCCACAUAAGCAUUAAAGAAUUCCUUGAAGAAGUGCUUCCAUCAGGAGAAGUUAAAAGAAUAAUAAUCAAUCAAGAGGCUGAUAAUCAUUCUGCGACAGUUUUUCUUCGCAAUGAUGCCAUGUAUCAAGGCAGCAAAGUUGUCACUCCAAUUAUGAAAGUUGUGAAUAUUAAAAGUGCGAGUGAAUUUGAAAGUUUGGUGCGCAGUGCAGAGAAAAAUUUGGGAAUAAGUCCAACAGAUAAAAUUUCUUUUGUGUACUUGGACAUUAAUUACAUGGCUUUGCUUACCGGUACUUUUUUGGUAUUUGUUUUAUUAAUUAUUUUUGCUGUCCCACGAUUGUUCAAGUCCUUAGGCAAAAUGAGUUCUGGCGGACUUUCCAAUAUGAUGACAACAAAAAGUUCUGCAAUAACAGUUGCUACAGGUGUGAGAUUCCGAGAUGUCUCUGGUUGCACAGAAGCAAAACAAGAAGUAAUGGAAUUUGUUCAUUUUUUGAAAGAGCCUGAAAAAUAUGAAAAAUUAGGAGCAAAAAUGCCACGAGGCAUUCUUUUAACUGGUCCUCCAGGAGUCGGAAAAACGCUUCUCGCAAAAGCUGUUGCCUCUGAGGCUGAUGUUCCUUUCCUAUCAAAAGCAGGUUCUGAUUUUGUAGAACUGAUCGGUGGAUUUGGGGCUAGAAGGGUUAGGGAACUGUUCAAGGAAGCACGAUCCUUAGCUCCCUGUAUAAUUUACAUUGAUGAGUUGGAUGCCGUUGGAGCAAAAAGAUCUGGAAAAGAAUCUAUGGGUUCCAAUUCAUCUGAGAAAGAUCAGACACUAAAUCAAAUAUUGGUAGAAAUGGAUGGUAUGCUUAGCGACAGGCACAAUGUGAUAGUAAUGGCAUCGACGAAUCGAGCUGAUAUGCUGGACAAAGCAUUACUGCGUCCCGGUAGGUUUGACCGACAUAUUUCAAUUGAUCUUCCUACAAAAAUAGAGCGUAAAGGAAUUUUUGAACAGCACAUGAAAAAUUUGAAACUAUUCAAACCUUCUACAAGCUAUUCUGAAAGACUAUCAGAUCUUUCUCCUGGAAUGAGUGGAGCAGAUAUUGCCAAUGUUUGUAAUGAAGCUGCUAUAUGUGCUGCAAGGAAUAAGGAUAUUUAUAUUGAUACUAAACACUUUGAACAGGCAUUUGAACGGGUGUUAGCAGGAUCAGCGAAAAAGUCAUCUUCCCUUUCUACAGAAGAAAGGAAAAUUGUAGCUGUUCAUGAAGCUGGCCAUGCUCUUGUUGGAUGGCUGUCAAAGCACACAGAUUCCUUAGUUAAAAUUUCCAUUGUUCCAAGAACAAAAUCUGCUCUCGGGUACACCCAAACUUUACCGAUUGAAAGAAAACUAGUAACUAGGCCUCAAUUACUGGAUAUUAUGAGUAUGAUAUUAGCUGGAAGGGCUGCUGAAAAUUUAGUGUUUGGAACUACGACACAAGGCUCACAAGAUGACUUGAAAAAAGCUACUGAUAUGGCAUAUGCUCAAGUUAAGUAUUAUGGAAUGAAUCCGACAAUCGGUCAUCUAUCUUAUCCAAGUGAUGAUGAGUCAUUCGUGAGACCUUAUAGUAAUGCUUUACAAACUACAAUGGACCAUGAGGUGAAAAAAACUGUGUUCGGGGCUCAUCAGCGUGCUACUGACUUGCUUGAAAACAAUAGGGAUAAAUUAGAUAUAUUAUCAAAAGAACUUUUAAGUAAAGAAGUAUUAAAUUAUGAUGAUAUUGUGAAAUUAAUUGGUCCUCCUCUACAAGGAGAUAAAACUAGAGAACACUAAUAAAAUUGUCAUCACAUCAGACCUGUC